AUGAUAUCUACAUCUGGAUCAAAGAUAGUGCGAAUUCCAUGGAAAGCUGCGCAAGUAGGUACCAAAAGUCCUCGUGAAUUCCAGAACUGCUUCACCAACUCAAAAGACUGGAUUUCUGAAGAAAAAACGAGCUAUCCUCUGGAAAUAAUUCUAAUGUUGAUCGAAUACGCUAAAAUUUACAAAAUAGUGAUCGAAGCUGUAGAUGAACAUAUUCCAAAAAAGGUGGAUGUUUUAAUCGAACAGACAAAGUCUGGCGAACGAUUUACAGCAUCAGCGUUGUUGCAUUCCAGACAAAUCUUCCAUGGCCGUAGUUUCUAUCAAGUAGUUCAGUCACUACAUUUUUGCACGAAAUAUCGAGUCUUAACUCUGUAUUUAUUAGUCAAUAUGCUGAACUGGAUUUAA